AGUUUCGAGCACUUUGUGAGUAUGGGGUGAGUAGCGGACGCCAGUUGGGCGUCCGCCUUCUACUGUGGGGUUAAAUCUCAUCCCGCGGCUCUCCUCCUGUCGGUCCUGCAGUUCUUUUGUCCCCUGGUAGAGAGCCGUUACCGAGUGUCUGGGUCGGUUCUUGAGGGUGUCUGGAGACGGGACGCAUGGGUCACAUAGACAAGCCUCGAAAAUGGGAGCCGUUACAUUUUUGCACUGCCUGGUAACAAGGAAUCUUCUGCAGAAAUAGCGCUGGAAGCUAGAGUGAGGCCUGAGUACUGCCUUGGCCCAGGAUGGCUAGAGAAUUAAGUGAAAGCACAGCCCUGGAUGCCCAGCCUACAGAAGACAAGAUGGAGCUUCUGGUCAUAAAGGUGGAGGAAGACGAGGCCGGUUUUCCCAGUAGCCCAGAUCUGGGCUCUGAGGGCUCCCGCGAGCGCUUCCGAGGCUUCCGCUACCCGGAGGCUGCAGGUCCCCGCGAGGCGCUGAGCCGGCUCCGAGAGCUCUGCCGACAGUGGCUGCAGCCUGAGAUGCACAGCAAGGAGCAGAUCCUGGAGCUGCUAGUGCUGGAGCAGUUCCUGACCAUCCUGCCUGGGAAACUGCAGAGCUGGGUGCGGGAGCAGCAUCCAGAGAGCGGGGAGGAGGUGGUGGUGCUGUUGGAGUAUUUGGAGAGGCAACUGGAUGAGCCGGCGCCGCAGGUUUCAGGUGUUGACCAGGGGCAAGAACUGCUCUGUUGCAAGAUGGCAUUGUUGACACCAGCCCCAGAGUCACAAAGUAGCCAAUUUCAGCUAAUGAAGGCUCUGCUCAAGCAUGAAUCUCUGGGAUGCCAGCCCUUACAAGACAGAGUUCUCCAGGUCCCUGUGCUUGCCCAUGGAGGGUGCUGCAGAGAAGAUACAGUGGUAACUUCUAGGCUUACUCCAGAAUCCCAGGGGUUGUUGAAAGUAGAAGAUGUGGCCCUGACCGUCACCCCUGAAUGGACACAGCAGGAUUCAUCUCAGGGGAAUCUCUGUAGAGAUGAAAAGCAGGAGAACCAUGGCAGCCUGGUCUCCCUGGGUGGUGAAAAACAGACUAAGGGCAGGGACUUGCCUCCAGCUGAGAAGCUUCAAGAAAAGGAGCAUGGGAAGAUAUUGUGCCACCUGAGGGAAGACAUUGUCCAGAUUCCUACAUGUGCAGAAGGUGGUGAACAGGAGGGCAGGUUACAAAGAAAGCAGAAAAAUGCCACGGGAGGGAGGCGGCACAUCUGCCAUGAAUGUGGAAAGAGUUUUGCUCAAAGCUCAGGCCUGAGUAAACACAGGAGAAUCCACACUGGUGAGAAACCCUACGAAUGUGAGGAGUGUGGCAAGGCCUUCAUUGGGAGCUCUGCCCUCGUCAUUCAUCAGAGAGUCCACACUGGUGAGAAGCCAUAUGAGUGUGAAGAAUGUGGUAAGGCCUUCAGUCACAGCUCAGACCUUAUCAAGCACCAGAGAACCCACACUGGGGAGAAGCCCUAUGAGUGUGAUGACUGUGGGAAGACCUUCAGCCAGAGCUGCAGCCUCCUUGAACAUCACAGAAUCCACACUGGGGAGAAGCCGUAUCAGUGCAGUAUGUGUGGCAAAGCCUUUAGGCGAAGUUCACAUCUCCUGAGACAUCAGAGGAUCCAUACUGGGGAUAAAAAUGUUCAGGAACCUGAGCAGGGAGAGGCCUGGAAAAGUAGGACGGAAAGCCAGUUGGAAAAUGUUGAAACUCCCAUGUCUUAUAAAUGUAAUGAGUGUGAAAGAAGUUUCACUCAGAAUACAGGCCUCAUUGAACAUCAAAAAAUCCACACUGGUGAGAAACCCUAUCAGUGUAAUGCAUGUGGAAAAGCCUUCACCCGAAUUUCAUACCUUGUUCAACAUCAGAGAAGCCAUGUAGGGAGAAACAUCCUAUCACAGUGACCCAUGCUAUACAUGCCAGAGUUGGUGCUCAUUUGUCACUGAUCUGAAGCCACUCCCCCUGGAGUCUCGACUAUAGGAAUUGUGGGCUGGGCUUUAUUUACCACUACACAUUAUCAGGUGUUAGAAAAUAUAGACUGGGUUAGACAAAUUAUCUUCCAAGUUCUAGAAGGUGUUUGGAAUCAAAACAUAUUUGAUAGGAGGCUAUGGGAGAGUUGUCUAGAAUAGGUAAGACCUGAAAUGGUUUGUUCUCUCCCAUUGGAAUUAAAUGGAUGUUCAGACUGGCUACUUGCCCUAAACCAGCACUUUGUGGUGUCUGUUGGGUGGAUGGUUGUGAUUUGGGGGCUGCUUCUCUGACCAUUCCUUUGGACUGUAAUGAAUUCUCCACAGUUGGUCAGAUUCACAAAGUCUUAUAUCCCCCUCUGUGCCUUUUCCACAGGUGCUAAUAAGUGUUUAUUGAAUGUA